AUGGUGGAUCUACAGCUUCACACUGAUACAAAUCCCAUGGCACCUCGAGCAACUGAAGACCAAAUAAAGAGCGCCUCUUUGUUAGUGAAGCGUGUUGAUCUAAAAAACUUUUCAGUUUGCCAAUUUGCGAAGCCUGUAAAGUAUUGCAUUGCAAUUGUUGACACAUUAUUGGUCGAGUACUCUCAUCCAUCUAACAUUUGGCUUUACCAUUUUCUUGUUAUUAAGAUAAAAAUGCUUAAUUUGGUUUUGCUUCUUGUUGACCUUGGCAUGAUGAAUUACUUCGACUUUUACCGGUGCAACGAAUCUGUUGUCCCUGAAGAGUUUUAUGCUUUUAGAGAUAUGAUCUGCCCGGAGCUAUUUAGAGAAAAUGUCCCUCGUAAUACUAGUUCGUUGCAAGGCGAAGGAUGGGUAGCUGAGAUAAUGACAACUCCACACACGGGCAGGGUUUACGACAAUAUUCGCAUGACAAAACCAUGCUUCUACUCUUUAGUUGAUGCGCUAACUUCUAGGGGAUUGUUGCCUCAUGGUCAGACCUCGAGAGUUAGCUCUGUUGAGGAGGUUGCACUCUUCAUGCAGACGGUCGGCAUGCAUAAACGACAACGCGACAAUAUGGAGCGAUUCCAACACUCACUUGAGACUAUUCACCGUAGAUUCCACCGAGUGCUAUCCGCAUUGUGCGCUAUGGCACCCGAACUAAUCACUCGCCCAAAUUUUACAGACACUCAUCCUAGUGUGGCUACCAAUUCAGAUUUCUACCCUUACUUUAAGGAUUGUGUCGGAGCGAUGGAUGGGACUUUGGUGCCGGCAUGGGUCCCGCGGAUAGAUCAAAAUCGAUAUCGAUCUCGUAAAGGACGACUAGCACAAAACGUUUUGGCUAUCUGUGACUUCGAUAUGAAUUUUACAUACGUGUAUGCUGGGUGGGAAGGGAGUGCGGCUGACGCACGUGUCUUGAAUCAUGCUAUAUCACAGGACCAAAAUUUCCCUUUUCCUCCAAAUGGCAAGUAUUAUCUAGUGGAUGCUGGAUUUACAAACUAUCAAUGUUUUCUUGCGCCUUACAGAGGUACUCGAUACCACCUAGCCGAGUAUAGGGGCCAUGGUCGCCGAUAUCGAACCCCACAGGACCUAUUUAACCAUGCCCAUUCUCGUUUAAGAAAUGUAAUUGAGCGUUGCUUUGGAGUACUGAAGAAGCGGUUUCCAAUAUUACAGUGGGGGAUGCCGAGCUACCUUCUUCAGCACCAAGUGGAUUUAGUUAUCGCUUGUUGUACACUUCAUAACUUCAUCCGUAGGUUCAGUCAUGAUGACAUUAUUUUCAACGAACCAGAAGAUGAAAUUCCUCCCGAUAUGGAUUCAUUCUACCAUAGAGAACAUCCUACCGUGACUGAACUAGAAACACAAACCGUGACUGAACUAGAAGCACAACGCAUAUUCCGCGACAACAUAGCAAUGCAGAUGUGGGCAUCUUAUAAUCCAACCUAG